CGCACUGCCACCAUCGAAUCAGCCCGGCAACUCUUGCCUCUCCUGGUGCUUGCAGACACCAAAGCUGGAGGCAGGAGGGCAGACUGGUCACACACCCGGUCCUGGGGGGACCUAACAGGGGAAUGUCCUUCAUCAGAGGAUGGAUGGAGUGUGGAUGAAUUUAUCUAAACACUGGUAAAACGGGAACAUGGAGCAUGGUCCAGGAGUUUUCCCAUCACUUGCAGGGAAGGUGCACCAAGCAGGACAGGCUGAGUGCUUUGGGAUCCACUAAGCAACGGGGAGGAAGCAGCGAGGCAGAGGAAGGACGGGCAAAGGGCAGGCAGACAAAGGCUGCCACCUGCUGCCCAUAAAAACCUCUCCAAGCCCUAAAACAGGACAAAAUCCAGAUCUGUGCAUGCAUCUUGAAGCACGGGUCCAAGCUCUCACAGUGCCAUCGCCCCACAUGGGAGAACCACCAGCAGCUCAGCCCAGGUGCAAAGAAGACACUCGGAGAGGGAAGACUGUCACAAAAGGGCCAAAAAAAUGCCAAAGGGAUGGUGAAAAUCACCCCGGGUAGUGGAGAAGGAGUCUCCUAGGACACUUCCCCAUCCCACUCUGAUACUGGGAGCCACUAUUAAGAAAAGUGAGAAGCAGCGCAGGAGCAUUGCCCUGGCUGAGCUCAAUUUCUCUUCUCACGAGCCCUGCACUGCUGCAGAGUUCGUGUUCCUUCCAGGCCAGGGGGACAUCGCAAACCAUGUCACCAGGAGCUAAUUUGGUAGCGAUAAUAAAUAUUCCGUCCGAGUGAUGGGUGGGAGAUCUGGACCUCUCCUCUGAAGGUUGAGCUAAUUAAUCCCCUGCCUUCCUCCUCUGAUGUCAGGCUUUCUCAUGAGGCCAUUGCUGGCCCUAAUUAAAAGGCUCUUCAAGAUGAGUGUCCCCUGAACACCAGUUGCAUUUUGGAAGUGACAAUAAUUACAGAAAUUUCUUUGGUAGAAUAAUAAUAAUUAUCCAACCACUAGAAGAAAGGUCCCAGGAGGAGAGGACAGAAAAUGGUGGAGAAAUCAUGGAUUAGAGCCCUCAUCUCUUCUGGUGGCUGGUGUUGGGCGAGGGAGAAACAUGGCCCCGCUUCCUUAAGGCUUGCUGUUCUCUGCCCAGUGACUGUAAACCUAUAAGAAGUGCAAAUUUGGCCCCCCCCCCCCCCAAGCACUGAACCGUAUAAUUUCUUAUGCCAAGAGCUCCCCCAGUGUCUCCAAACCACGCAGAACUGCAGUCUGACAUCAGUCCUCCGGCCGAGCAGCCCUUAAGAUCUUGCCCAACCUCCUGGCAUCUCCAGGGGUCCCAGGCUUUGCUCUGUGUCCACAGGGAGCUGUCAGCACCAAGCACACCUCUCCUCCAGGACCAGACCCAGUUCCUUAGGGUUUCCAUCGCUUCUGCUGUUCUCCAGCCUUUUUUCUAUGGCUGGAAUCGGGGAUUUUAAAAGGAUGAGCCCAGUUCCCAGGAGAAGCCCCUGCAAAACUAUUGUCCUUGGCCUGACGAGUUACAGAUGUUCCCCGUUUCUGGUCUGAGCCUGGAUGUCCCAUGGGAUAAAAUGCUGACCCAGAUCCACAGCUGCCCAUAGUGCUUCCAGUCACCCCCGAACUGAUGAAAUGACAUUGAUCCCCAAUUCAGAUUUGGCCCCGGGGGGCAAGACUGGGCUUGGUUGGAAAGUGGUGUCUGUCCACCUUAUGAGCUGUAAGCCUGAAUGUUACCGUGCAGAAGACAGCAGCAAGUGCUUGUGUGCUUUUUUUCUUUCCUUUUGUUUUUUUUCUUUUAUGUUUUUAACUCACACCAAAGGUGUUUGGAAGGGCAGCCCUGCAGGCACAGAAAUCAUCUCUCCGUGCAAGAUGUGCUGUGGCAGUGAGGGGGACAGCUCACCUGAGAGGAGGAAACCGAUGGGUCACUCCUGUGGUCCAAGCAGUGAAAAAAAUAAAAGAGAAGGAGCAAUGACAAAAAAUCCACCUCCUCCCUAAAGGCGUAAGCUGAAAAAUAUGGCAACAACUAUAUUUUUGCAACAGCCCCUCUUAAAAAAUCCUGUAAUGAUUCAUAAUGACCCAUCCAACUAAAAAGAGGAGUACCGAUGACCUACCUGUCAGCUUUUAGCAUCCUGCUAACAAGCUUAAAAGCACCGGUAAGGAGUAGAGUUUAGCCACAACCAGCUUGAAGGAGGAAAAUAGGAUCUUGCUUUUAGGGGAACGGUUGUCCCUGCAGAAGGAAGGCAAAUGAAGAUCAUCCGCUGGCUGUACCUCUCCGGGCUGGUGUUUGCCGUGCUGAUCCCGGCGGGGUGGCAGAUGGGUCCCAAGGACCUGGCCAACACGUCCAGAUGGCACUCAUACAAAUCCCAGAGCACCCACAGCUUUGCGUCCAACAUCAAGCGGCACUCGGAAGGCACCUUCACCAGCGACUUCACUCGCUACCUGGACAAGAUGAAGGCCAAGGACUUCGUGCACUGGCUCAUCAAUACCAAGCGCUACAGCUCCACAAAGAGGUACCUGAAGGAAGAGCCCCCCAGCAUCCCCUUCCCGGCCACUGUCCUGCCAGCAGCGUACAAUUAAGUGGCAAACCAAGGCAUCCCAGCAGCGCCAGCCCGUGCUUCGUUUCCCAGCCGCCUCCCGAGAGUCUGCACCCACCACCGCUGCCGCUCAGCUUUCCCUUCCAACCUCUUCCCCACCUGUGUUUUCUCUGUACCUCUGCCUGCAGCGCCGCAGACCCUGCAGCUUUCCCCAGAUUGCAAUAAAACCCUUGCUAAAACUGUUUUCUGAU